AUGCGCUGGGCGCUCGCGAUUGUUUUCGGUAGCCCGACGUUACGCAUCGCUGAGAAAUGCGAGGUGCAGAGUGCAGUUACCCUCCGGCAGCAGCCGGAGCUCAGGGUGCCGUAUAGCUGGUUCGUGAUGGAUGCCGGGACAGUGCACGGGGUGUCGACCCUAUCAACGGGUCUCACACAGGGGACAAUAGUCCUGCAUCGGCAGCCAGACGGCUUCCACUGGACGAUAGCCGAGACGUCGGUAACCUACUCGGACGGCUGGUCGGAUAUAAAGGUCCUCCACCAAGCUCAACGGGACAAUGGCCUCGUUGUAGCGGCACAUCCCGCCAUCCACGGUUUUCCGUGGGUAGUUCCUGACGCUAUAUCUAGUCGCCAAGCGCUUCGUCAUCUGAAAAGACAACCCUACCAGCGGGUUAAAGGGGACCUUGGAAAAGGGCUCAAUGGUGUUCUCCUCCGGUUACAGCAAUCGGCGGAACGCAACGAAAGAUACUGUGCGGCCCGCAAUCAGACACCGCGAGAGUUGUGGCGCCACCGCAACGCGAUCACCGAGUAUCAAGUGUGGGUUUACUACCGAAUGGCGCUGCAUCAGCUCAAUUGCUAUAGCCCAGGUCGGGAGCUAAAUAACUGCUGUCGAAAACUUUCGGUCUGUCACGGGCAGAGAAGAGACUUUGGAUCACAUCUUUUGGGGUUGUCCAGUAGCCCAGGGUUGCUGGCAGGCACUCAUUACCUACUGGACCGGAUGCUCGGGGAUGCCGGUCAGCGUGCAGCGUUAUGUGAGUUUUUGCAUGUCACGAAAGUCCCCGCCGUUACAUCCGAUCAUUUCUCGGCGGCUGCUGAGCGCGUUUGGACAUUCGAUGGAGGCAUAUGUAUGUCAAUGGAAGCGGAUGUGGUGGGUAUUCUGUUCUAUAUGUAUCACGACGUUAUGGGUGCAACGCAAUCGGGUCGUUCACGAAGGGCAUUCCGUCACUUUGGCGGGAUGUAUCCACGAAUGCACAGUUUUAAGUUUUCGGCAAUUACACACGCUAGCGCUGCGAGAGCGUAG